UCAAUUUUAUUCUUUUCACACACACCCUCUCUCUCUCUCUCUCUCUUCCUCUCUCAACCGUUCUUUUUGUUACACAUAUACGCAUAUUCAUUCACAUAAAACGUCCUUACUGAUGGGUCAAGCUACCGACAACAACUAUUACAGUAGUCCCCCGCAACAGGGUGAAGCAAGUUCAUACGCACCACCGCCACCACCCACGUAUCAACCACCAGAACAACAACACACUUAUCCGCCACCGCCACAACAACAGCCAGCAGCAGGACCACCCCCACCUGGAUCCACCUAUUAUGCUCCUCCACCACAACCACCACAUGGUGGCCACCAGCAGAUGCCUCAUGUACCGAACCAGCAACCUAUUCGUAACCCCGUCGUGCAAUUCUAUGCUCCUCCCGACAACAGAUCUCUUGCCAUGAAACGCCGUUUGUUUUCAUUUCUAUGCUGCUUCAUCAUUAUUGGCCUCAUUGUGGGGUUGGCAGCCGGCUUAACUCGUAGAACUUAUGGAUGUAACUGCCGAUACAAUGCAGAUUGCUACCGACAGUAUGGUACGAACUAUUACUGCAGUCGCAAUUGCCGGUGCACACGCUUCUGAUACAUCAUGCAUUCCAUAAACCUAAAGAUGUAAUAACCCUUAUUAUGCUGCUAGUAUUAUAAUUAUAAUUAUUCCUUAGUAUUAAUAUUACGAUAAUAAAAAAUGCC